AUGAUCCUAUUACGGUCCGCCCUGAGGCCCGGGCCGCCUCAAGAGGCGCUAUAUUCGCGAUGUUUGGUUCAAUCGCGACCCUGUGCCCCUUCAACAGUUCGAUUCCUAUCGUCCUCACGGCGAACCGGCAUCAUAGCGAACCAAUCCUCCUCGCCCCUCCACAAGACCUACUUCUCCCCUAAUCGACUUUAUGACAGCUCGAAUACCACAAGCGGUCUCCUUUCGUCAUUGGCUUCCUCCAAUGCUAAUUCCCAGUCCAAUUCCUCCAACUCGCAGCCUCCGAAUGCUCCGGCAACUCCGAAUAGCUCGUCCGAGACAACCUCCGACUCAAUUGCGCCCGAAUCUGCUCCAAGUGAACUACCACAUCGACGGAGGAAAAGAUUGAAGGAGGAGUCGAAUAAUGAGCAACCGGAGCAGGCCAUUCCACUUGAUGCAUCAACACAACUGUCGAACUUCUCAUCCGCUCUCCCCACCACCUCCAUUCGCCGCAAAUUGGCUGCAUACCUUGCUCUGACGAAACCUCGACUCUCCUUCCUGAUCCUUCUUACCACUACAUCUGCAUACGGAAUGUACCCCAUCUCGUCGCUCCUUACCCUCGACCCGGCCAUGACCCCACUCCCGACUCUCUCCACCUCAACCUUGACCUUCAUUUACUUGACCGCGGGUACAUUCCUCUCAUGCUGCAGUGCCAACACACUCAACAUGAUGUUUGAACCAAAGUAUGAUGCAUUGAUGUCGCGGACACGGAAUCGCCCUCUCGUCCGCGGGCUGGUCUCGCCCCGUGGUGCUCUUCUAUUUGCUAUCGGAACUGCGGUCACCGGCCUGGGGCUCUUGUACAUUGGAACCAACCCCACAACAACAGCCUUGUCCGCAGCAAAUAUCGCCUUGUAUGCCUUCGUUUACACGCCGUUGAAACGAAUCCAUGUGAUCAACACCUGGGUCGGCGCCGUGGUCGGUGGUAUCCCGCCUCUAAUGGGCUGGAUUGCGGCGGCAGGUCAGACAGCUACCACGGGCCAUGACACCUGGCGCGACAUGCUGUUUAGCGAAAACAGCAUCGGUGGUUGGUUGCUCGGUGGUACCCUAUUUGCCUGGCAGUUCCCUCACUUCAAUGCCCUUUCGCAUUUGAUUCGGGACGAAUACAAGGGUGCUGGAUACAGAAUGCUUGCUUGGGUGAACCCGGCCAUGAAUACCCGUGUUGCAUUGCGGUAUUCUGUGCUAAUGUUCCCAAUCUCCAUUGGUCUCUGGUAUAUCGGUGUUGUUGGCCAUGGCUUCCUAGUUGGAAGCACCGUUGCCAAUGGCUGGCUGGUUCACAAAGCCUAUUACUUCUGGAAAUACCAAGGUGCCCAGGGCACCGCUCGGGGUCUCUUCUGGGCUAGUAUCUGGCAGUUGCCCAUUCUACUCGUUGGUGGACUAGUCACCAAGAAGGGCCUGUGGGAUGGUGUCUGGCGCAAUAUCUUCGGCGAGCCCGAGGAGGAGGAUGAGGAAUAUCUGUAUUAUGAAGAUGACGACGAAGCUCUCGAAACUGACUCUCAGUCACGAGCCUCCGUUUCAACGGCAAAACAGGCCAGCGUUUUGUCUACUGUAUAA